CAGUCAAUUAGAAAAAAAAGAAACUCUAAAGUUGUUAUCUUUCUUUCUUGGCUGGGGAAAAAAAUGAACCUUUCCUUACUCUUGUUUCUUAAAAUUGUAAACAGGAUAGGGGAGUGAAGCUUCCAUUAGAGACAAGUUUACAAGAAUUAUUUUUUUGGGAUUUAUCCCAUCUCAAUCGUCCAUGACAAAUGUGGAAGAAUAUCACAAGAAUUCUCGAUUCAUUUUCUAUUCAACCAGAGAAAUGCAAACCAUAUAAUCUUAAGAAGGCUGUUGAAGAUGAACCAUAGCAUCGCAUAUAUGAAGCAAGGAAUGGCUUCUUUAGCUCAAGCUCCUCCUACAAUGUCCAUUGCUCGAAUUCCACAGGUUCGUUCCAACAGCAUACAAUUGUUAAAAUCCUCAAAGGUGCCACAUUUGCUCGCCAUCCAUCACAUUCACAUCAGACGAUACCCUUCUAUUUGCUGCACAAAGUUACCUCCAUGGGAACAUUCACCACUCACAUCGGUUCACACUGACAAAUCUGGUAAUAACUUCUUGGAAAACCCAUCUGAAUUGUUUGAAACCCUUCGUUCUGGGAAUAAAGCUGAGAAUCCAACAACUAAAGCUGAUCAUCUCACAGCUACGACCGAUCGGGCAUUGGCAGCAGCACAGGCUCGAUAUCUUAAGUUGCCAAUGUGGGUGUUUGGCCCUUGUCUUCUUCUCAUUACAGGCAUGGUUCCCACCCUAUGGUUGCCAAUAUCCACUAUAUUCAUUGGCCCAAAUGAGGUCAGCCUUUUUUCCUUGGUUGGACUCGAUUGCAUCUUCCAUCUGGGUGCAACCCUUUUUCUCCUCAUGGCUGAUUACUGUGCCAAGACAAUGAACCUGAGACAAGUCUCCAAGUCCAAGUCUCCUUCCAAUUACCAGUUAUGUAACCUAGGUGCAACUUUGGCUGGAUUUUUGAUCCCUCUGAUGUUACUUCUUGCUUCCCAAAGGGGUUUCAUGCAACCUCACCUGCCUUUCCUCCCAUUUGCAGUUCUAUUGGGUCCCUACAUGCUGCUUUUGUCGGUUCAGGUGCUAACUGAGAUUUUGACCUGGCAUUGGAAGUCACCGGUUUGGUUGGUGACUCCGAUUGUGUACGAGGGCUACCGUGUGUUGCAACUGAUGAGGGGAUUGAAACUCGGGGCUGAAAUCGAUGCACCAGCAUGGGUGAUGCACUCAAUCAGAGGCCUGGUCUGUUGGUGGAUACUGGUUCUUGGUAUGCAACUCAUGAGGGUUGCUUGGUUUGUUGGUUUUACUGCUCAAGCUAGUCAACAACAGGUUUCUUCUUCUGCUUCUGAUGCUCAACACUAA